GGCGAAUCCCGCGGCCGACCCUAACGGCCAGUGCCGUAAAGCGCGGCGCGGACUGCACGACAGCCGCGAGGUCCCCGUGUGGAAGAUGGCGGCGGGGGAGGCGAAGUCGGUGCUGUUCGUGUGUUUGGGAAACAUCUGUCGCUCUCCAAUAGCUGAAGCAGUUUUUAGAAAACUUGUAACUGAUGAAAAAGUUGAACAUAAGUGGAGGAUAGACAGUGCAGCGACAUCUACCUAUGAAAUAGGAAGCCCUCCUGACUAUCGAGGACAGAAUUGCAUGAAGAAGCAUGGCAUUCCCAUGAAUCAUAUUGCCAGGCAGGUUACUAAAGAGGAUUUCCAGACCUUUGAUUAUAUACUUUGCAUGGAUGAGAACAAUCUAAGAGAUCUGAACAGGAAAAGCAACCAAGUUAAAGACUGCAAGGCCAAAAUUGAGCUACUUGGAAGUUAUGAUCCACAGAAACAGCUUAUUAUUGAAGAUCCGUACUAUGGGAAUGAAAAGGACUUUGAAACUGUUUACGAGCAGUGUCUUAGAUGUUGUAAAGCAUUUUUGGAGAAACCUCAUUAAUGCUUCAUCAUUUAAUUUCUAAAAGAAAAUAAUUAGCUUUUCCUGAAAUACGUAAAGUUUACUUGAUUGAUGCAUUUAAAUUGUAAAAUUAUGCCUCUGUGUUCAGUACUUAUUCAGUUGAAUUUUGUAUUUUAGCUUUUCUGUCAUCUAAUGAAAAAAUAUAGAAAGGUUUUAAUUGGAUUACAUGAUCAACCAUUUCGUCACUCAUCAGUGUAGUAAUAAAGUAUAUAAUUCAGGAUUAAUUUAUCUGUAAACUCUUCCAGUGCUUUCUCACAAGCACUGCAAAAGUAACAUCUUGCUUCUUUAUGUGCUGUAUUAACUAAACUGAGGUCUUGUCAUCGUGUCCUUAGUGAGUUAAUUUCAGUCAACUUUCAGUGGGAACCUGUGAGAUAAUGGUUGAUGCGUAACUUGGAUGUGUCAGUAUCAUGAGGCAGCCUUUGAAUGGAAGGUGUUUCACAGGAAGCCUUCUAGACUCAAAGAACUGCUGCCUGACAGACAUUGCUCUUAGCACUAUUUGAAAGUUUAAGCAAGCAAAAGCUCCUUGUGUCAUCAGGAUCCAGUGAAAAUAGCUUUUUCUGUCAGUUUAAAUCCUUAGUUAUUCAAAGAAGAAAUAAUUUUUGCUCCAGUACACUUUUAUACUAUUGAAGAUGAACAAAGUUCAGAAAUUGAUUAGGACUUCUAGUCUUCCUUUGGUCUUCUGGGCGAUUUGUAGCACAUUGACACAAGUACAUGAAACAUAGCAUUUACUUUGAUGACAAAACAUAUCAGCUUAAAAGUUGCAAUGUGAAAUCACAUUUUGUGUCUUAUAGUAGUAAAAUGCUCAAAUCCAUGCAAUAUAAUAGGUGAGAAAUUUGCUAUAAUUCCAGUUCCUACAUGAGUGUUAGACAGUAUUUACAGAUUUACUCAGGAGAAUGGUCAGCCUGUCAGAAGUGUUCUCUGAGAGCAUAUUUCAACCCAAACAGAGUUCAUCUGUAAUACAGUACAAAGUUAACCAAAGGCCAGUAAGUAGAUAAUUCUGCUCUUGGACAAAAUGCUUUGUAAAAAUCUGUACCUGCUUGUCUGAACAUCACCUUUCUUGUCUGCCUUAGAAAUGUAAAUGCACUGAGAUCAGUAAUGUAACUGGUACCAUGAUGAUUUUUCCUAUUUUGACUAGUAUCAGCAUUGGUAUGGACUAGCAUUACCACACUAUCUGUAAAACUGGAUCUAUAAAAUUUGGUUUCAUAUUUAUUUAGCCUUUUUUUUGUGUCUCUUCCUGCCUUCCAAAGUAGUAGUCUCUGUAUUUGUCACCUGCUUUAUCUUCUGAGGGAGAGAUGUAUUUCAUUAGAGGAUACUGUUACUCCUGGGGAGGUUGGAAUCCUGGUGUCACUGUGUGUGUUGAAGCCUUCAUGAUAGGAAUUAAAUUCCUUGGGACUUUU